GGUUAAAGGGACGCUUAAUGUUUUGUGGACGUUGGCAACAAGGAGGAUUGAAUCAAGAUGAGUCUGAGCCACGGACAAUUGCUGGUCCACUGUGUCCAGGUGCUGGAUACCUACAAAGGUGAUGUACAAUCCGUGGAGGAACACGUCAACAAAUACCUGAAAUAUAACCAGAUCUAUGAUGAUAGCGAUCAGACGUUUAUUGUGGAAGUUUUCUCUGAGAUCGUCCGGUAUGCCAGCCUUAUGCAGGUUGUUCUGGAUGGAUUCUAUGCCAAGGAUGGAAAGAAAACUCUCCGAUCAGAACAGAACCUGUACACAGUUGUAUGUUACCUUGCCCUCUUUCGACUGGAUGAACUUGGAAUGGCUCACUUCAGAAAAUUUGUGUCGUCACAAGACGUAAAUCGGAUGUACAGGUUCUUGAAUUUUUUCCUGGAUGAAAAAAAUUUAUUGACUUGGAUCCGAGAUGGCUGGGAAAAAUUCUAUGAGCGUGUCUUUGUAGAAACCAACAUUAUCUCCUCCAUACAGAGGUGGAUGCCGGAACUUCAGGAGAUGAUUGGACAGAUGAAGGAUAAAAUUGCUAACCGACUAAAACCCAAACGCAAAAACUUGCCAACUACAGAAACCAAACCAUUCAACAUUACACAACCCCGCCCUAGAAGUAUUCCCAUACCGGAACCUAUACCCAAACUGACAAAACACAAACCAGCGCCCAAAACACUGUACUCCGAACCGAAAGAAUUCAACAAAAUCAAGAGAAACAAGGAAUCCAACAGGAGGGUGGCAGAGGAGAGACUUAUGGAAGCUUCCAGAAUCCAGUUCGCGUGUGCAAACCCAGAGAAAUCCCAGAAAACCAAGGAAAUAUUAACUAACAUUGUCAGUGAGGAAGAUGCCAAGCUGGAGUUUGAGAGACACCGGGCAAACCCCCCUCCCUCUUUCCUGUCAUCAGCCCCAUCAAGCCGGUCUUCCAUGCGAAGGCUGACUGCGAAGGAGAGACAGGAACUAUAUAGUCGAGAAAUUCCAAUUAAGAUGAACACAGCCACCAUUUUACGAGAAGGAAAUCUGUACAGGAAGAAAGAGGCAGAGGAAAUAAAGAAAUGGGAAAACUUAGAAGCCGGAGCUAAGGAUGCCAGCGAUUUCUUGAAGUGGCAGUCAGAAAUGAAACAGAGAGAUCUGAAGGAGGAGCUGGCCGAGAUCGAACGGCGACGACUACACGGCAAGCUCAGUCACGAGGAGGCCAUAUUAGCUCGACAGGAUCUCAUUCUGGAGAAUAAACAGAAAGUCAAAAGCAUGAAGGAGGAGACCAAGAAAAUGAUGCAGGAGUAUCUACAGAAGAAGUUUAGUGAAGAAAAAGAAAUCAGACAGUUAGUGGAGGACACCAUGCAGGGUCACAAAAAUGCAAAGGAGGCCACAAAGAAACUCCAGGAAUACAAACGAAAAAUAGUUCAGGAUGUCAACGAGGAAAGCAAAGAACUGAUGAAGCAGGCUUUGGAAGAGGCGGAGGAAGAAAUGAGGAGACGGAUGGAGUUGAUCCACCAAAUCCGAGCGAUGGAAGCCGUGCCAAUAAUCCGACAGAAGUUUGUGGAUCUGACAGCCACGUCUGGACAUGGACUGCUCAGUGAGAUGUCCAUAGCAGAGCUGAGAGAAAGACUGUCCCUGUUCAAGACAGCAGAGAAGGAGUCGGAAGAACAGAGGAGGGACGAUAUUCUUGCUGCCAAACAGGCCAAAGACCAGAUGUUGCUCGAGACAUUAGAAACAAUAUCUAAACAUCGGCUGGAACAGACCAAGUCAGCAGCUGUCAGAUUUGAAUGCAGGAAAAAAGGCCUGAUUCCCAAGAAACCAGAAAUCAAGGACCCUAAGCUGCUGGAGCUUGAGAGGAAACUGGAGGAGAGGAAAGCUCAACGAAAGAAAGAGCAGGAGAAAGCUAAACUGGUCCCCAGCCGGCAAUCCAUGAACCAGACAAAGAAUCUGAUUAAUCAAAAGCGAGCGAUUGAGGAGAGUCGGUGGCGUGAGUUGGAGAUGACCCAGGAGCGAUCGGCCCGCCUGGUGGGAGACGGGGCGAUGAAGAGUCACUCUGCAUCACGACUAGCCACUUCAUCAGCCAUCAUGGCGUCCUAGUCUUCACACGUCGUGCCGGGAUUUUAUACACUACUGAAGAAAUUAGAAAUUCGUUGUGAUAUUUCAUCAUGGCAACAAACUUUCAAACAAGUUUUUUUUGGCAAUGUAGCAGAAUUUGAACAGUCUCUGGACUGCUGUUUGCUUGAUUUGCCAGAGUUAUCACGUUGCUGAAGUAAACGUCAGCAUUUCUGAGGAGGAAGAAGAUGCAAAUUCUAUGACUUAUGUGUAUUGUUUUAUAUUUAUGUUUGAUGUCUUUUGAAUUAUUUUGUAUAUGUUAUCUAUGUAUGUAAAUAAACCUGUUGAAAUGUAA